CAUACAGGCUUGGAGCAAGCAUAUCGUAAAACGUAAUGGUUGAAAUGUAAAUACAUGCAUUCAUUGCCUCCCAGUGCAUAAGACAAAUAAAUACUAAAUACAUGACAUUCCAAGAAUCUUUUAAAAAAAGUUAUGUCUCUGUGAAAAAGUUUACGAAUUAAAUUUUAUUUUCGUUUAAUAUUUUAGUUUAUUUUUUUUGAAAUUAGCAAUGAGAAGAAAAUGACUGAUUUAACAAAUCGACCUGGUGUUACAAUAAAUGUACCAACAACACAACAACAAAAUAAUUCAACACCACAAAUUACAAAUAAAUCAUCGGCAACAACAGUAAAUACGACAAUAUCGUCAACAAUUUGUACAAAAAUGGCAGCUAGUGAACCAAAAAUUGUCCGGAAAUUGUUACCAUUUGCCGCAUUCUUAAUAACAUUUGCAACGGUUAUGACUAUAUUAAUUGUUUAUAUGGAUACAACAGCAAUGAGACAUCAUCAAUUUCAAAUCAACAUGACGCAAGAUUAUGAUAUUGGUGUUGCACAAGAUAAUGAAAAAUUAAUAUUAUUCAUUCGAGAAUUUUGUAUACGUCCAGCAAUCGAUUCGUCAAUGAGUCACAAGAGUUUUGAUGUGAUGCAUCAAAAGCAAUCAGAAAAAACUAUUGAACCUACAGAAAAAGAAAAAUUUGUUGCUGAUUUACUUGACAAUAAGAAAUAUGGAACGUUUAUUGAAGCUGGUGCAUAUCGACACGAUCGUAUUUCAGACACUGAAUGGUUGGAACGAAAUCUUUCAUGGACUGGUCUUUUAAUACAAACAUAUUCGAAAGAUUUAUUUAGUUUAUUAAAACGUGGCCGAGCUAAAUCCAAAUAUAUUCAUGCGUGUUUAAGUACUCAACCACAUCCAAAAGAGAUUACUAUACCUCAAGAAACACAAGAUGGCGUUAAAAUUAACAGUGUUCAAGCAAACAGUGUAUUCUCCGACGAAUCCGAAUGGUUUAAUACACGUAUCAAAUGUUUCCCCCUCUAUUCGUUGAUAUUAGCAAUGAAUGCAACGACAAACUUAGAUUUUCUUAGUUUAGAAACGGAUUGUAAUGAAUUUGAAAUAUUAUCAACGUUACCAUUCGAUCGUGUUAAAAUUAAAGUAAUCUCAAUACAUUUUCCACCGUGCAAUUUAUUUGCGGCACAACAGAAACCCACAAUUAGUAGUUUAAAACGAUUUUUUGCAUCGAAUAAAUAUAAUUAUGUGAAGCAUUUUGGUGAUGAUUAUAUAUUUGUAGCGAAAGUAUGAAAAAGACAUGGGAGAUUUUUUGUUUUGUUUUGCAAACAAUGUUCCUUAGGGAUUUUCUCUUUCUCUCUCAAUUUUCAACUGAAAAUUACGCUUUAGUAAGUGAGUGUAAAGAAAAAUUUAGUUAAGUGAGAUUUCAAAAGAUUUUCGAUGUAAAUUUCAUUGAAUUGUUGUCCAGAUUUGUAGCUUCAAGCCUAAUUUACAAUGGGAAUCACGAGGUACUUACCAAAUCGAUUAGGUUUUAUUACCGUCGUUGAAUGAUUAUGUUUUGGUAAUUUUUAAUUCAAAAAACUAAAACUUCAGAAUUGUUCUUCACAAAACAUUCUGUGGUAUUCCUGAAAAUGAAUCAUACAAGGAUGUUCUAUAACUGGCUGCAGACCUUUCGCUUCCUGAAUAAGCU